AUUAUUUCCCAUGAACAGAGCCCUAUGGUUCCCCUGCGCUUGUGUAUAUUUUGGAUGAGCUGCGAGGGUUGAUUUGUUUUUUGAAAACACUCCAAUGUAAACGUAUGCGUAUUGUGGAAAUAGGAGAGUUUGUGUGGGCUGAGGUGUAGCGCAACACUCGUGAUCGUUCUACGGAUGUGACAAGCUUCCCGUGCGUGGCUUCGCGACUAGGUAGAGAUUCAAAUUCUUCAGUGAGCAGUGCGGUCGUGAAUUCAUCACUUUAGACUAUCAACAUGGCAUACGGACUGGACGAUAUUGAUUUGGCUGCGCUGAAGGAUCCAGCCGGAAUAUUCGAUCUGGUCGAAGUUGUUGGAAAUGGAACGUAUGGGCAAGUACAUAAGGGUCGUCACAAAAGAACUGGGCAACUUGCAGCCAUUAAAAUCAUGGAUGUUACAGAAGAUGAAGAGGAAGAAAUUAAGCUUGAAAUAAAUGUUCUUAGAAAGUUUUCUCAUCAUCGGAACAUAGCAACAUACUAUGGAGCAUUUGUGAAGAAGGGUUUACCAGGACAGGAGGACCAGCUGUGGCUUGUAAUGGAGUUUUGUGGUGCAGGAUCCAUAACGGACCUGGUUAAAGCUUCAAGAGGAAAAUCUUUGAAGGAAGAAUGGAUUUCAUAUAUAUGUCAUGAAGUGUUGAAUGGAGUUAGUCACCUUCAUCAAAACCAUGUUAUUCACAGAGACAUAAAAGGACAGAAUGUGUUACUAACAGACAGUGCUGAGGUGAAGUUAGUUGAUUUUGGAGUUAGUGCUCAAUUGGACAGAACCAUUGGAAGACGAAAUACCUUCAUUGGAACUCCUUACUGGAUGGCUCCAGAAGUUAUUGCUUGUGAUGAGCAGCCAGAUGCCACAUAUGACAACAGGUGUGAUAUGUGGUCAAUAGGAAUCACCGCAAUUGAAAUGGCUGAAACCCAACCACCUUUAUGUGACAUGCAUCCAAUGAGAGCUUUAUUUCUGAUUCCACGGAGUGAUCCUCCUCGACUGAAGUCAAAGAAGGCAUGGUCCAAGAAAUUCCAUAAUUUUGUCAACACAUGCUUGAUUAAAGAUUACCAGCAUAGACCAACAGCAGACCAGCUUUUACAGCAUGAAUUUAUCCGUGAUGCAAGAUCUCAUGAAAGGAAGAUAAGAAUUGAAUUGAAGGAUUUCAUUGACAGGAUGAAAAAGAAGAGAGCACCACCUGAUCAUGAAGAAGAGUAUCAGUAUUCAGGAAGUGAGGAGGAAGAUGAGCAGUUGUUAGCAGGAAUGAUUGCUGAGGAAAUGGGUAUUGUAAAUGUUCAGUCAACUUUGAGAAGAAAUUUAACCCUCAUGCAAGGAGGAACUUUUGGAAGAGGUAAUAAUUAUCCACCAAGAAGGACAAGCAGUGGCAGCAGCCCAGAAAUGAACCUGAACCAUGGCGCACCUCAGCACAUGGGUGCAACUGGUGGUUAUGACAAUGAUGUGUUCCUGGACACCAGUGUUGACAGCUUCAUGACUUUUCAAACAGAUGACACCCUUACAGCAUCCAGCCAUUCACGACACCGAGUAUCUUUGGAUGAGCAGCAAGAUGGUGAAUCCACACUUAGACCUCAAAGAGAAGCUCACCAAGAGGAUUUGGAUGGAUAUGAUACAAUGGUGGUAAAAGAUGAUGAUGAUGACUCGCAGUCAAGUGCCUCAACUGCCAGUAUCGGUGAGGCAAGCAACCCCACCCGACCCCUGACGAACAAUCUGCCAGACGUGCUACCAACACAACAGCAAGUAAAGAAGUCUCAGACUGAGCGCCAUAAGUCAUCAGAUGAAUCCAUUGCCUCCUCCAUUGUGCCUCAGGACCCUAGGAGAGACAGGAAAUUCUCCAAACAACGAAGUUUUGGCUUCAGUCGUCAGUCCCAGGCUCCCUCUGAGGUGUCGGUGAACUUGACCCCUGACAGAACUUCAAUCGCUAACUUGGACGAUCUGGGAAUGCCGCAGAUAAGAAAGUACAAGUACAAAUUCCGAACAGAAAUCUUAUGUGGAGCUCUAUGGGGAGUCAACCUUCUUGUUGGAACAGAAAGUGGAUUAUUUUUACUGGAUCGGAGUGGUUAUGGCAAAGUUUUUCAAUUGAUAUCUAGACGCAGAUUCCAACAGAUAGAUGUACUUGAGGGGAUAAACGUUCUUAUUUCCAUCAGUGGAAAACAAAACAAACUCCGUGUGUAUUAUCUGUCAUGGCUGAAAGCGAAGAUUCUAAAGGGAGAAGAGGCGGAGAAUAUCCGAAGGCAGCGAGGUUACACAACAGUCGGUGAUCUGGAGGGAUGUGUUCACUACAAAGUUGUGAAUUUCCACCGAAUCAAAUUUCUUGCCAUCGCCACUGAGAACAUGAUUGAAGUUUACGCUUGGGCUCCAAAACCAUAUCACAAGUUUAUGGCCUUUAAGUCUUUCUCGUACUUACCCCAGAAACCUCUGAUGUUGAAUGUAUCAAUAGAGGCGGAAAACAGCAGACUAAAAGUCUGUUACUCCUCUGAAAUAGGUUUUCAUGCUGUUGACUUGGACUCAGCUUCAGUUAAUGAUUUAUUUAUUCCUACUCAGCUUCAAGAAAAGUUCCAGCCGCAUGCUAUUAUUCCUCUACCAAGUUCGAGUGGUUUGGAACUUCUUCUCUGUUUUAACAAUGAAGGCGUUUACGUUAAUACCAACGGAGAACUGGUGAGGCAUGCCGUGUUACAAUGGGGCGAGACUCCAUACGCUAUCGCUCACAUAGGCUCAGGACAAAUAAUGGGAUGGGGAGAAAAAGCCAUCGAGGUUAGAUCUGUGGAGACGGGACUUUUGGAUGGUGUGUUUAUGCACAAAAGAGCUCAGACGUUUAGAUUUCUCUGUGAGAGAAACGAAAAGGUUUUCUUCGCUUCUCGGUCGAGUUCAAGUGGCCAGAUUUACUUCAUGACGCUAAGCAAGACAUUUAAAAACUUUGGUUACUAAUAUUUACACAAACUGCUCUUUGGGACGGAAAUGAAAUGACGCCUCAUGAAAGAGAGAGCUCACAGGGCUACAGUGGUGGCUACGUUUGUUCGUAAUCUACCUGAGGGAACCUGCAGAGAUUUCACGUGUUCCUCGGAAUAGGUUUUCUUCUUUGGGGUUUAAAGCUUAGAAGACCUUCGUCUAGUUUUUUCCCUUAUCACACUGACCUGAGAAGUGUGCUUUAGCAGUGAAAAGAUUCAGCUCUCGAUUUUUUUGCAAAGAUUAACAGUAUAAUUUAUUGGUUACGUUGUAGUAACACAUUUUAAGGGGUAAGAUUUAAUUAUUUGUAAACAAAAGUGAAAGCCAAAACAAAACAAACAAAGCAGAACCGAAAUUUAACGUGGAAAAGUAUAAUUGCAACUUUGAAAGCACAGAAUAACUUCUCUCGAGAAGCUCUGUAUAAAGUCUUUUUUUAUCCAUGUAAAUACAGUUUUCGUUAAUUAAAUUGCGUUAAUCUUUUUACAUUGAAUUCGGUAUCUUUAAAUCAUGUUGUCAAAUGUGAAUUUUAAUGAGUUAGUUUGUAGUCUAAGAGAGUUAGCGCUCAGCCUUUAUUCAAGAAAUUUUUCGAUCUUAACGGCAUGCUUUCUGAGAGUAAGCCAUUUAUUUUAAACAGUGUUGUAGGUUUUUUAAAAAAUCUUUUUGAAUACGUCUUUUAGAGUUUUAGAGGACCAAUCGAACUCUGACCCACGAAACUCGUUUUAUUUAGUGAACAGAGCCUGCGUUAGUUUAUUAUCGGUCAGUUGUACAAUCGUAAGAUUUUCGGAAACUUCGGUUUCCGAACAUUGAGCACGAAUAGUGUGAUUUAUUUAUUAACUUUAGAGGCGGGACCUUGUUCGUGAAAAAAGAAAAUUUUGUACAGAACGCUUUUAACUUGACCUAAUUAUUGCAACAUGAGUUGAACGAAAAGCUGAAAUCGUUACAGUAUGACAUGCGACCAUUUCGCUGUGAUUUUCUUGAUUUAGAUACUAAGCUUUUUUUUUAUCAGUGUACUACCGAAAUUUAUUUUGCUCGUCUUAAUACGGUUUUUAUCGACUGACUGAACGGUCCUGCUCCUAAUAUGCAAACGAGCUAUAUCUCGUGUCGCUCAUCUGUUAAAAAGAACGCUGUAAAACGUAAAGUAAAAAAGAUCCAAAGGUCAUGAAAAGCUUCCUCGUAACUUCAAUACUGAUAUGUGUGAAAUUGUAGCCUCCAAAUCUGUGAGGUUCCUGAAUGAUAAGGCACUAACAUUGAGUGACGGUAGCAAAUAAUGCCCAAAAUAAUUGUUAAAUUUUAUUAUUUUAGAUAUUUUUCUUAGACUCCAGAGAUUGCUGUCGGAGCUAGAAUAAAGUGCAAAUACAGAUUUACCGUGUUUUUUAAUAAAGCGAAAUGGUUAGUAA